ACAGCCAACUGAAUACAGGCAGCCAAGCGAUAGAAAAGGAGCUCCAUGAUUUCUUAAGUAAUCCCGACAUUUGCCAGAAAUUUUCAGACACUUUGUAAAACAAGCGUGCCAGAGUCAUUUCGGUGUAAGAAAGGGUAGGACGCAAAGACAUGGAUAACUCCAAUGGGACCACCAUUCUUACAACAGCCAGCCGCACAGCGAAGAUUGCAAGUGACUCCAAGGACAACGAGUACCUGUACAUUUUAAUCGUCAUGUCUUUCUACGGAGUCUUCCUCCUGGGGAUACUGUUGGGCUACAUCAAAUCGAAGAGGCAAGAGCGGAAAGAUGACACACUGUUCUUGUAUGAUGACAGGGGGGAGUGGGCUGGGCUGAAAGCGGUGCACAUGCCCCUGGUGUUCAGCGCCUUGCCAGAGAGCGUGGUGCCCGCGUUGACUUGCGCCAUGUGCACCAUGGAGAGUAGGGCCGGCUCAGAGACGGCACAGGAGGACGUCCAAGUGGCUGGCCCAGAGGGGGUCAAUAGGACUGACAGCCUGCUGAGUGAUUUCUCCAUCAGCGAUGAGUGCAACCCUCAGGCCCCAACUGAAACCCCCCGUUCAAACGUUUUGAAUGGAAUGGCCUGAUCAGAAUGCCGUGCUGUGGCUAAAGUUACCGUUUGAUGGGCGUACGCUGGCCAAAUCCUAUAGGAUUGGGACUGGAAUGAUAGUGGCCAAAUACAGACUGCUAGCCCAAAGUUUCCAGCCAGAUCCAACUGUACACACGCACAUACAAAAGGUUCCUUCUUUGAAAACAGAAAUGCAUACAUCUCCUUCCCAAAACAAAAGUUUAAGACGCUUUUGUAAUUGUACAUUUGUUUACACUUAUUAGGCAAGUUCAAACACAGAUGGCAGCAAUAAUAUAUGAUGUAUAAUAUGCAUAUUAUUACAUCCCAUCAUAUUUCACAGAUUGUUAAUAUCGUAGGCUAUGUGAUCAUGGACACUUUAAGAAAAAAAGUUAUCUGUGGACAAUAUAUCUACCUGCUGAAUAUGUUUUUAACAAGUAGGAUAGGUAGAGGAGUCUGAACAACUCAGGCUUCAGUCUGGGGUGAAAUUUAAAAGCGGCGACUCGGGAGAAGAGCUGCUUUAAAGUCGUACAGGCAUUCUGCCUCGGAAGCACUUGAAACUGAUAAAAUUGACGUUGGAGCCUUUCACAAUUUCCACGAUGUCUUCUAUUGUUUUUAAAUUAAUUUGUAAAAGAUGUAAAUAGGUUAAACUGUAAUGUAUGUGUAAAUAUUUAUU